GGAAUCUAGGUAUUGGAUAGGUGUAAAACCUUAACACAUAGUGGGGUUAUCCGUGAGGGAUAGAUGCCUCAAGGGGGUUACACAAAGGUAAUUAGGGAUCGUUCACUUUUCAUCAUAAUUGACUUGCCUUUCCCACGGGAUCUAAGUAAAUUAACUACACAUUAUCAUUUGGUAAGGUAACUAUGAUUCAAGGUUUGACAUCUGGUUUGGAUAUUACAUCUGUGAGGAAUAUCCUGGUGAGUUUUGGAUUUAUUACAUUUUGUGGGAAACUAUCGUGGGGAGCUUUUGGAUAUUUUAAAAACACUUUCUUCCUAAAUAUGGGAUCUAACCGUGAUUUUUACUUGGAAUCGCUUAAAACUGGAAGUAAAUCCCAAAUACGAAGGAUGUACUUUUCUUUGAAGAAUAUAUUCCGGUAAUAUAUAAUUACUCCAAGGAUCUCCCAUCUCAGGUUGUCAAAUUUUUUUCCUCUUGGCAACAGCUGAUGGUUGGACUACUUUUACCGUUUUUUUGCAUCUGUGGAUACGGCCCGUUCUGGAUUUAAGUUUUGAACAAGUGGAUGGAAGAACUUUACAUUUUACACACAUCACAAGAAAGAUUGAUGUAGUGCAUAUGUCUUAGGCUAUCUCAGUCAUUUUAGGAUGAGAUUAACUAUAUAUAGUGAAUGCUUUUUGUGCGAAAUAUGGAAGUUAUACCAAGAAGACUCUGCAAGAAAACUGAGGAUCCAGUCAACCAGCCAGCAAAGUUUGGGGCUAUUCUUGUUUUGGAUUGAUGGCCAUGAAGACACAUGAAGACCGCAUAGUUGGGAUGUACCCUCCUGGAUGUACGCAAUACUGAUAUUCCAUGUUGGAUGUACUGAUGUGGACCCUAGUAUGGAUAGGUGUAGCUGCCAUUUAUUUGGAUUACUCGAGUAUGGAUGUAGCUGUGUAAGGCCUCAGUGAGGAGAAGAGCACUCCAAGUAUGUUACAGAGAACUGAAGACAACUUUUUCAAAGUAACUUGAAAUGUUUCUACACAAAGAUGAAGCCUUCCAGUAUAUAUACCUGAUAAGAUCCAUGGAUUCUGGAAUUAUGUCAUGUCUGUUAGCCCAUCAGGAUUUUAUAUGCUGUGAUCAUAGUGUUUACAAGCUUGUGUGAUGUUAAAUUACUUGACAUUCACCAGUGGAAUACAUUUUUACCCCCGAAGCCAAACUUUUGGAACAUACUUCUUCCUCAUACUACAAGACAAGACUGAUCCAGUUGGAUGUAUUUUCCAUUCGGGCAGCAACUUACUGUAUAGUCAACCUGGAAUGCGCUGAAUUACCCUGAAGUUCAUCAUCUUUUUUUUUUUUUUUUUAACCAUAUUAAUUUAUUAAGGUCUUAUGUUCCAAAUUUUUUUUUUUUAACCACAUGUCCUGAAAUCCAUAAAGAGGUCCAUUUCUGUGAUUGUUUUGUUUUUCCCUUUUUCCAUCCAGUGAAGAAAAUUAAGUAGUGGAUUAUACAUCAACAAUCUACUGGCCUGGUGCUCCACAGUAUUUGAAGAUAACGUGCAGUGCGAUUCAAGAGAGCCGUUUUUGCCUAAUUAGAUCAAUUGAUUUUUCCCCUUGGUUUUUCAUUCGGGCUCUCACAUUCUGACCACCUAGAUUUUAUUUGGAUUAGUUUCGGUAACUUCUUUUCCAAAAGUAGCUCAGAAAGCCGUGAGCGUGCAUAUGAUCACAGCCCAUAUGGACACCACGACCGCAGUGGCACUUUCGACAGACAGCGUCACUACAACACUGAUUACUACCGAGAUCGUUCUAUGUUUGCUGCUGCUGGCCCAGGGAGCAGUGCCAUUGGGGGAAGCUUUGAGGCAUCAGACCCACAUUUCGACUCUAGAAUCCGAGACCCCUUCACUCUUACUAAUUCUACACGACGUGACCUAUACAGAGAUGACAGAGGACGACGUGUUGAUAGAACCUACCAUCACCGUCGGAGCCGAUCAUCUCAUUCCUCACAGUCAAGGCACCCUUCCCCACAACGGACCACGGGACAAACCCCCAAAACUCCUCAUUCCCCUAAAAGAGCUCCUUUGUCCCCUGGGAGAGGCCCAAGAUCUCGAUCCCACAGCAGAUCUUCGAGCUCUGAUUCUGUCAGCAGCACCAGCAGCACGGGCAGCGGCAGCGAUUCAAACAGCAGCUCAAGUGAUGGGUCUCGGGCACGCUCUGUUCAGUCGUCAGCUACACACGCACCUCCUCAGUCUUCUAUGGUGCUUGACUCUGAUGAACCACGCAGAAGCUUUGGAAUUAAAGUGCAAAACCUACCAGUGCGCUCCACAGACACAAGUUUAAAAGAUGGACUUUUCCAUGAAUUCAAAAAACAUGGGAAAGUGACCUCAGUGCAGAUCCAUGGAGCAUCAGAAGAUCGCUAUGGUUUGGUGUUCUUUAGACAGCAAGAAGAUCAAGAGAAAGCCCUCAGUGUCUCCAAAGGAAAGCUGUUCUUUGGCAUGCUUAUUGAAGUCACUGCCUGGAAUGGUCCUGAAACAGAGAGUGAAAAUGAGUUCAGGCCUUUGGACGGGCGGAUAGAUGAGUUCCACCCAAAGGCCACAAGGACACUGUUUAUAGGCAACCUCGAGAAGACCACCAGUUAUCAACAACUCCUCGACAUUUUUCAACGCUUUGGAGAAAUUGUGGACAUUGACAUCAAGAAAGUAAAUGGUGUUCCCCAGUAUGCCUUUGUGCAGUAUUCUGAUAUUGCCAGUGUCUGCAAGGCCAUUAAAAAGAUGGAUGGAGAAUAUCUGGGGAGCAACAGACUAAAGCUUGGGUUUGGGAAGAGCAUGCCCACAACGUGUGUUUGGCUAGAUGGUUUGGCAACCAGCAUUACAGAGCAGUACCUCACACGGCAUUUCUGCCGCUAUGGACAUAUAGUUAAGGUUGUGUUUGAUAGAUUGAAAGGGAUGGCCCUCAUCUUGUACAACAACACAGACUUUGCUCAGGCAGCUGUAAGGGAGACCAAAGGUUGGAAGAUUGGUGGCAAUAAAAUUAAGGUGGAUUUUGCAAGUCAAGAGAGUCAGAUGGCAUUCUACCGAUCUAUGCAGUCAUCUGGUCAAGACAUUAGAGACUUCUAUGAAAUUCCUACUGAGCGACGAGAGGAUCGCAGACCUCCAUACCAUGAAUUUACAGCAGAAAGGGCCUACUAUGAGAAUAUACGAACCCCUGGCCUCUAUCCAGAGGAUGCACGAAGAGACUAUGCGGCUCGCAGCAGAGACCGUUUUCCUGAACUGGAACACUAUCAGGGGGAUCACUUUGACCCACGUUAUCAUGAAGACCCAAGAGACUACAGGGACUUCAGAGACCCCUUUGAGCAAGACAUCCGAAAAUACACAUAUAUUCAAAGGGAGCGAGAAAGAGAGCGAGAACGUUUUGAGGCUGAUCGCAGCAGGUGGAGCCCUUCACAUCCAAGGCGACCUAUUACUCCUACAGUAUCGCCUUCACCAUCUGAGCGUGCUCCCAGAGACUCAGAACGACGGGUUUACAGCCAGUCCUCUGAGCGAAGUGGUAGUGUGAGCUCAAUGUCACCACCACACUUUGACAAAUCUGAAAAGACCCUGCUGGAACAUGCCUCGAAGAGUGACAAGAGUGAGAAGAGCAGUCAACCAGAUCGUGUGCCAGGUGCUGAGAAAACCAAACGUGCAAAACGAAAAGAGAAAGGUGAUAAAGACAAAGUUGAGAAGAUUAAAUCAAGAAAAGCAAAGGGGCAAUCCCCAUCUAACCCACUGCCUGAAACAGAGCUUGAGACUGGUUUUGAUGGAGCGCCUGGAAGAGGAAGGGGAUCAGACCAAGAUGCUCAUGAGAGGCAGAAAUGUAAGGGGGAUGGUGACUCUCUUACUGGAAAUCAGUUGUCAACUGCUCAUCAUGACUCUGUAAAAAGUGAAAGAUCUGAAAUGAGUAAAGGUGAGAAUUCAGACUUGGAUGGAAAAAAUCGACUCAAGAAACAUCUGAAGUCUGAUAUUGGUAAUGAUGGGAAAGAUUCAUCAGUGGAUUCAGAUCGCCUUGCUGCAAGAAAAAGGCGCUUUGCUGAUUCUAGUGGAAGGACUAUUCGUCAGAAAAGAAGCAGGCAUGAGGAGGAGGAUGGUAUUCAGUCCUCUGACUUUGGUGCUAGUGGCACAUAUUUGAAAGAGUCAGACACUGACAAACACAAAGAUUCUCAAAGGAGAGAAUCAAGACUUAAAACUGAUAAAAGUGGCACUCAGAAGGAUGGUCAAGAGGACCUUAGAGGACAAAGAGAGAAAUCUGAGGGAUCUUUGGACCCACUGGAGUCAAAACGACAUCCAGGGAACACUUCAUCCAGAAGGUUUUCACAUGAGGGGAUUACAGACCAAAGCAGUGUAAGGGAACAAGAACACCAUGCUGCUUUCAAAUUUGGUACUCAGAAUGCUGACACUGACAAAAGUGUUAAGAACAAGGAAGACCAUGUUGACAUUGACCUCUCUCAGAGUUACCGCAAGCAAAUGGAGCAAAAUAGACGGUUGCACCAACAGCAACAGCAGCGCGAGUCUGACAAACCUGACAAACCAGGAAGUCCCCAAGGAAGUGAAACGGAGGACUUGGAACAUCGCAGUCUUGUGCAUGAAGUUGGUAAACCACCUGAGGAUGUCACAGAUAAUUUCCCGUCUCACAAACUUAAGAAACUAGACCAAUUUGAAACUGACUCAGGGAUUAAGAGGGAGCGUGUCUACCGGAGCUUCAGACAAAAAAGUGAAGAUCCGGACUGGAACAACGCCUCCUCUCCAGGGCAUCAGCACUUCUCUCACCAUGCAGAUGAGGACUUUGUGGAUCCUUCUCAGAAAGAGUUGAGUAGAAAUGAGGAAAAAAUUCACCCAGAUCUGGAGUUAUUAGUCAAAAGGACACACAACACACAGGUAAACAAGCCAAACACUCCUUUACUUAGUGUGGAAGAAGAGCAACAAAAGAGAUGGGAGAGCAGAGUUAAACAAGAUUUGUUACCCGACCUGAACUUUUCUAGAAGUCUUAGUAAAAACAUUCACAAUCGCAAGCGUUUGGAAUAUGGUAUUUGGCAUGACUUGGAGCCUGGGGAAGUACGAUCUGACCCUGAGGAGGACAGAGAGACCAAACCCAAUUCUCCUGUGCCCUCAACAUCUAUGCCUUUUUCCGAGAGGCCAAGGGUUGACAGGUUUUCAGACCCCAAACUAACACAUCUUGAAAGGAACAAAUUCUACUCCUUUGCACUUGACCAGACCAUCACACCUGAUACAAAGGCUCUGCUGGAACGUGCAAAAUCUCUCUCAUCUUCCAGAGAAGAUAACUGGUCCUUUUUAGAUUAUGAUUCUCACUUUGCAAGUUUCCGCAACAGAAAGGAUACUGAGAAGGUAGAAUCAACACCACGACCUACACCCUCCUGGUACAUGAAAAAGAAAAAGAUUCGAAGUGGCUCUGAAGACAAACUUGAUGACAGAAAGGAGGAGCCUAAGCCAGAGGAACAAGAACGCAGGGAACUAUUUGCCUCCCGCUUCCUUCACAGCCCUGUCUUUGAGCUGGACUCUAGACGACUUCAACACUUAGAACGCAAACAUGAAGAACCUGAGCAUACACAAAACCAACAACCCAGUCAGCAAGGAACAGUAGAUGGUGAUCUUGACUCAGGGCCAGUUGUCCUUUUCCAUAGUCGUUUUUUGGAACUCACACGACUACAACAACAGAAGAAUAAAAACCAACAGCUGCAGGAGGCAAAAGGAGACACAAUGGUCACGGAUGAGUAUAAAGUGGAAAAAGCCCCAGUUCAAGAGCAACAAACUUUGCAGUCACCUGAAACAACAGAAUCUAUCAUGGAGCCAGAAAUUAAACCCAUCAGUCCUGCUGAAGAGCUGAUUUCUGAACCCCGACUCACACCUACUUCUGUCACCCAAUCUGUGGUUAAAGACUUUCCUCCACCAGAAGAGAAAUGUGUUGCGUUAAAUCCAGCCCCUGAUCCAUAUCCUCCUGUGUCUUUCAUAAAGGAAGAGGUAAAAGAAAAUGAACCUGUUGUACCCCUGCACCACCCACCAAUUGAGACGUCAUCUGAUUCUGAACCUACACCAAUAGCAGCACCCGAUCCCAGUUAUUCAGUGGAUAGAUGUAAAGUUUCUCCAUCUGAAGGGAAAUUGGAUAUUGUAACUGAGGAUGUAAAACCUCUCUGUACAGAAAAACCAUGCCGCAGCGAUUCUCAUGAUGAGUUUGUUAGCAGUUCAGAAGCAGAACUGGAUACUGAGACAACACAACCAGAAGUGCCCGAAGCCACUAGUCCCAUACCACCUAGUCUUGCAGAGGAAGUGGAUAUAGUCAAGAAAGAGACCCAUUCCACUUGUAAAGCAGUAGCAGAGCAUGAGGGAGAGAAGAAACUUCAAGUUAGUAAAGUGCAGAUGCCUAUCGAUAAUGACACAAAUGACGAGCCAAUCUCACCUCAGAAAGAGCAUAAAACAAAAGAAAUGAAAAAUAAAAAGUGCAAACAAUCCCCUGCUCAAGUUGUUCCAGUCAUGUCUACCUCUGGUUCUGAGAAACAAGCAACACGCAAGAGUGAGCGCAUUGACAAAGAGAAGCUGAAACGUGGAUCAUCCCCAAGAGCUGAAUCAAAGUCCACAGGCAAAUCUCCUAUUCAUGGAUCAGAUCCUGAUAUGUUAGAGCAGAGCAUACCAUUAAUCAGAGCAAGACGAAGAAAUGUUAAAUCUGUGUAUGCCACCCCAGUUGAGGAUGAUGCGCCAGUUCGUUGCGGAAAGGAAAUGACCGAGUCACCACGCUCUGCACGAAAGCGAGGUACAGACAAAGAUGCAACACAACAAAAUAUUGAACAGGAUCCACCUGCUCCAGCCCCUACAACUAAACGGGGCCGUCCUCCCAAGAAUCGUAGACAAGGUGAUGAGAGUUCAACAGUUAAAGUAGAAAAAUCAAAAAUAGACAAUAAAGACACGGAUUCAAAUGAAUCAGAAAGCGGUGAACGAAUUCCAAGAGUGUCAAAAGGGAAAACAUCCCCUCAUGGCACAAAGAGUUUGUCGAAUCAGAUGUCCACAGUCCUAGGAUCUGCAUCAACAAGGAAGGCGGAAAAAAUUGAGGUGGCUGAGGAUGAUGAUCAGGAAAUGGAUUUCACAGAUGAAGAUUCCUUGGCUUUGCAAGAUUUAUCAAGUUCAUGUAAAGAAGAUCCAUCGAUAAAAGUUGACCAAAAGAAAGAGGAGAAAGACAAACAAGGAAGAGAAUUGGGCAGAGAUAAAGAUGUUCUCCAGGAAAAUGCUUGUGAGGGUAAAUCAAAUGGGAAAGAAACCGAUUCCCCAGUCUUAGACGAGAAACCCAUCUCCGAAAAAGACAGAAUUGUUAGAGGAAAAAACAAGUUGACAAGGACUCCUAAGUCUCCUGUCCUCAAGAACCUCAAAAUCAGACUAAAUGUCACAGAGGUCAAAGAUCUUCUUCAGUUAGGGGAUGAUGAGCUUGGGAAUCAAGAGGAUUCUUCAAAAAAGUUACCUGGUGACCACAGUGAUCAGUGCACUAAUGCGAACAGAGAAGGCUCCAACAAUGAAGAAAAGGAAAAUGCCAUUUUGGAAAAGAAGGAGCUCCUGGAAACGCCAAAAAGCUUAAUUUCACAGGAGCUGGAAUUGGAGCAGGCCGUGGAGAACAUCGCUAAACUUACAGAUCCAGCUUUUCCAUCAGAACAACUGACGCCAACUGUCCCACAUAGAGAAGUAAAAAGUGACCCAGAGGAAGAAAAACCUUCUAAUCCUGCUAGCGAGACAGAACUCAUGGCUGCUAUUGACUCUAUAACUGCUGGGGAAGCAAAUGUAUCCGUAACCCAAGCACCUCCACCAAGUGCAGAUGUAGGUUCAGAACCUGAGAUUCAAGACUUCAUUCAGCCUGCCAAGGAAGAUGAACCUGAAACAAAUACACCCGCUAUACAGGAGGAGCCGGUCUUCCCAACCACACCCAAAAAGGGUGCCAAGGGAAGACCUAAAACACCUAAACGUUAUAAAGGCCAAAAGCAAGUAAGAAAGGAUUUAAAGGAAGGACAUUCAAUAAGUGAGGAAUUGACAACUCCUUUAGCAGAAAGCACAGCUUCCAGUGUAAAGAUCGUUCCUGAAGCAACUCCAUCAGCCGCAACUGCUGCAGUUAUUACUCCUACUACUUGGAAGACAGAACCUCAGCCUUCAGCUGUCAAGGCUACAGAUGUCAACGCAGAGUCAGAGUCAUCUUCUGAAGAACACAUUCAGCAUCUUAAAUCUGUUAACCCCCAGUCUAAGAGUCCAAUAUGCCCAAAGCCUCAACAGGUGGCACCUGAGUGCGUCUCCCCUUCUCUGUCUCCAUUAGCGAACAGGCCAAAUAUCAGACCCAUUCAAACAAUUAGAAUUCCUGUUUCUCCGCCAGAUUGGCGCCACCAGACUAAAGAUACAGGAGUCUCCUCUUCACCUGUCAUGCCGUUGACAUCCAAGGAAAACCAGCCUUUACCUUCAGACUCUGAGAACGUAGAUAUAGAUCAUGGCACAAGUGACUUGAGACAGAUUCUUAUGAAACACAAAAAUACUUCAAUGCCAGGCAGUAGUUCUAUUCCUAGUAAUCUGCUCACCCUGCGAGAUCAGAACCCCUCUGAAAGUAAUACUCCAUCAGCUGUUGUGCCAAAUAAGUCACCACUACCCGAUAGUAGAAUGCCAGCUCAUCCAGCUCCACCUAUUGUUCGACCUCCAGCCUCACUACCAUCUCCUGAGACAAAGUCUGUGAUCUCUGUUAUUGCAUCCACUGCAACCUCUGUUAUCAGUCGUGUUUGCAACCCUCCUGAGCCCGAGGACAAAGUAAACAUGAACAUUAUUAAUCCCUGUGUGGACAUGGCUCUACCCAAACCAUCCUACAGGCCCAGCAAAGACGAUACUGGACCAUACCAUGGGCCAUCUGUUGGUGAUGAGGGGGGAAGUGCAGCACGCUUCAUUGUUGAGAGCCCCACUCUUGGUACAGGAUCUUGCCCAGGUUUGAGAGUAAAUACAUCUGAAGGAGUGGUAGUAUUGAGCCACUCAGGCCAGAAAACAGAGGGACCACAGAGGAUUAGUGCAAAAAUAAGUCAGAUCCCACAAGCAACAGCAGGUGACAUGGAAUCUCAGCAGUUGGUGUCCAUGCCCCAGAUUAAACAAGAAAUGUAUGGCCAUUCUCAUUCAGGACUUCAAAAGGGGCCUUCAUCGCAGACAGAUCAUGGGCAUUCUGGUAAGAUGCAGUCAACUUUGUCUUCUAUUAAACAAGAAAGCACUGGGUUGGAAAAAAUGGAAUCCACUUACCAAUCUGGACCUCAAGGAGUAGUGAAGCGCCUCGCACAGGGUAACCAGCAAGUAAUGAGUUAUCAUCAAGAGUACUUGCCAAUAAAACAUCAAAAGAAAAUGGACAGUGUUGAUCCUCACAAUACAGAUGGAGCUAAACCAUCUUGGACUUCUGCUAUAAGUCCUGCAAUAAGCCCACAUUUGCCCUCUCCACCUGGCAACCAUGUAGGUUUUGUUACAGCGGCUGGUGACAGAGCUCCCUCACAUAUAAGCGGGGUCAAACAGGAACCACGAUCACCUCGCAAGUCAGGUCAUCCACACUCUCCGUUUACUAAAGUGUCCUCACCCAUAGGCUCCUCAUCACCCAAGGGCAUACAAGUGAUGUUGUCCACUGGUCUUCCUGCCAUGCAACAGUUUAUUACUGGUGUACAUCAUCCAGAGCAGUCCGUUAUCAUGCCACCUCACAGUGUGCCUGGAGGCUUGGGACGGAUGUCUCCUCACCGUGUUACCCAGUCUAUUCCAGUGGGGCAUCUUGUCCAAGGAGAUGUUCGGGUCAAUACUCCACCUCUUUCUGUGAUGAGCUAUGGGAUGCAUAGUGAGCCUCUUUCCUGGUCUGGUCCCAUGCAGCAACGGCCCACCUCACCCCAAGCUGCUGGCAGAGACAAGGUUCUCAAGGUAAACCCCAGUUCUUUGAGGACUCAUGAGGGGGAACAGGAAGAUGCCAGACGCUUCCACCAGGCUCCAGGAAGACAAUCUGCCACACAGCUUAAACCGGAAACUAUGCAGUCAGAUCCUCGUGGGCCUUUGCGGAGUAAUGUCCAGUUGGAAACAUACAUGGCACAAAGAGAGAUGCGUGUGCUCUUGCAUCAACAGGGAGAACGUUCGGCUACAGACCCUCAUUCUGGACACAUUCAAGAGACUCCUUCCAACCUACCAUUAUCCUUGUCUCCAAGAGCACAUGUUUUGCCUACAGGCGUAUCUGAGAAGGAUAUAACAAAGCCAUUAGAGACAAAGAGGCAACAUUCCCCUCUUCCUAAAGAUGGAAUGAUGGGGAUCCGACAAUCUGGGCAAGCAAUGGCAUCUCCCCAGAGAGUUCAGCUAAUAACACCAGGACCUAGUGGCUCAUUCCCAGAGUACUCAGGGAUGUACUCAAACCCAAGAGGGAUCCAUUCUCAAAUACCAGAGACAUCUCCUGUUGGACUUAACCAGCCACCACUGAGCGUCACACCAGCCAUGGGUGCAGACCUUCAGGCAAAACCAGAUGGCAAGAUGACGCAGCCUGUUAAUAUGGUGCAGUUGCUUACAAAAUACCCCAUUGUGUGGCAAGGCCUGCUGGCACUAAAGAAUGACACAGCAGCAGUCCAGUUGCAUUUUGUCUGUGGCAACAAAGCUUUGGCUCAUCGAUCACUGCCACUACAAGAAGGAGGCGCAUUGCUUAGGAUUGUCCAGAGAAUGAGAUUAGAGGCUUCACAACUGGAGAGUGUGGCCCGAAGAAUGACUGGGGACAGUGACUUCUGUCUUCUCCUUGCUCUGCCAUGUGGACGAGAUCAAGACGAUGUCCUAAACCAAACUCAAGCUCUUAAGGCCGCUUUCAUCAAUUACUUGCAGACAAAGUUGGCUGCUGGUAUCAUCAAUAUCCCCAACCCAGGUUCCAAUCAGCCUGCCUAUGUGCUACAGAUUUUUCCACCAUGCGAAUUUUCAGAGAGCCACUUAUCCCAGCUCGCCCCCGACCUUCUCAACAGGAUCUCCAGCAUCUCACCACACCUCAUGAUUGUCAUCACCUCUGUGUAACCUUCACUGCUGGAAAUUGUCCCAUCGAUGGAUGUUCUUGCUGAUGAGCCUCAGGAAACCAGAGGAAUAUGAGAAUUUGUUUUUUCCUGGACACAAUGGGAAUGUGUAGGAUUGUACCCUGUCAACUUUUUGCUUUUUUCCCCCAUCAGUCUUUUUCUUUUUUCUUUUGUCACUCUGGUAUUUUUGUCCUUCUCAAAAGAACUCAGGGAUGGACCAAACCAGAAUCAGUCUUAUUUGACCAUUUCUCUGCUGUAUUUCUAUUUAUUGGAGUUUUAUUUUAAUGUUCGGAGAUGCUCUGAAGAAAAAAUCAGGAUGUUUGAUGAACAAGAAUGAGUGACUAUCUGGGUGGCCUUUUUCUUUCAUCUAUCUUUUAUUGAUUGUCAUAUUCAUUUCUUCACAACAGAGGAUCAUAGAAGCUGUUGUACCACAAUGGCUAAAAAGACAUUUCAACAUGUAAUUUUAAAUGAUCAUGUACAGACUUCCUCACCCAGGCUUUCUUUAGAGGAGGAAGAAUUAACUUGUAAAACUAUGGAGACCCUAUAGAGGACCACUUUCGUUUAACAGCUCCUUUAAUUCCACCAGCUCUGCUCAUUUUCUCACACUACUGAAGCAGUUACACCUCUGACACCUGCCUUUGCUUUGAACAAGCUACAGUAUGAUUUGGGUACAGGUUUUUGUUUUUGAAUACAGGACUUUGUAAAUAUUUUAAAUAUUUAAACUUUGACAAUGGAACUUGGACAACUUGACAGAGACUUGAACUCUGGGACUUACCAGAAAGCAGAGUGUGGAAAUUUAGAUGGAUAUCCUUGAUUUUUUUUUUUUUUUUUUUUUGGUGUGUAAAUACUUGUAACACAAGAAGGUUAGCAAACUCUCCUGUUGAGUCUGCUGAUGGCACUUCAUAUUUUGUAACUCAAAUAAAACAAACUCCAGAAAACUUGAA